GGCAAAAGGGUCUCAAUGUUGGCACUUUCUUUUGUUAGAGCGGUAUUUUUGGGAUUUUGGUUUUUUUUACUAUUGGCUGUGACAACCUGCUAUGGUGACAAUGAGACAGCAGAGGUGAUUGGAAUUGUAGAAUGUGCAGAUUGCACACGGAAGAAUUUCAGCCAGACCUUUUCAGGGCUUCAUGUCACCAUUGAUUGCAAGUCUACAAAUGGAAAGCUCAAAACAGCUGGGGUUAGUGAACUUGAUGAAGAAGGAAAAUUCACAGUAUCUCUUCCUAAUGGGAUUGCAAAAAUGGAGAAUUGAAAGAGGAUUGCUUUGCACAGCUUCACAGCGCAACUGGCGCGCUAUGUGCUCUCCACAACGAUCAAGAGGCCUCAAAUAUAAUCUUCAAGUCCGUAGCCAAUGGGAAACAAACCUUUGGCCUAUCUGGGAAGCUACAAUUUUCUCCGAUGACCUGUGUUUCAGCCUUCUUGUGGCCUUUUUUCAAGCACCCACCAUUGCCCCAUUUGCCUCAUUGGCCAAAGUUGCCACAUUGGCCAG